AUUUAAAGACAGAAAAGUAAUUAAAGUGUUACCUCACCUAAAUUAAAUUUUCAUAAAAUAAAAUUUAAGACCUUUGUUCCUUACUGAACCAUAGAACGAAAGUGUUCUUAAAAAAAAAAGAUAGAACAAAAGGGAUAAAAUCAAAUCCCUAAAAUCAGCCGUAAAAAAUUGAAGAGAACCGAACCUGAGAAGAAGAAGAGGAGGUUCGAACUGAACCAGAGAAGAGGAAGAAGAAGAGGUCUGAACUGAACCGAAUUGAAGCUCUAGUGUUUGAAGGAAAGAAUGGCUUUUUAUAGAUGUGCUCCUUGGAGAUGCUCUAACGCAUGAAGUCUACUUUCAUUGAUGUCGUUUUGUUCCUUUACUGUGACUUUUUCCAAAAACCGUAUCUUUACUCUGUUCACCUCUCAAUACCAUUGUCUCUGUGUUCGGAGCUCCCUUCCUUACUGCUGGUUGGUACCAUCUUUCAUAAGGUAUCACUGAGUUUUGAGACUGAAGUUUGAAUCUAUUUUCGGCUAAAGGAUUAAUUAAUCAACACUUCUCUAUCGUAAUUUAAUCAAUUUGCUUACAAUAUAUUCACUUACAUAAGAAAUGAGUAUGAUUUCCGUCUCAUUUAAACGUCCUCUGCCUUUCUGCGCCAAUUUUCUUUCUAAAUUCUUUAUUUAUUUAUUUAUUUUAAAAAAAAAGUUGUUCUAUUUCGAUGCAUCUCUCUCUCUCUCUCUCUCUCUCUCUCUCUCUCUCUCUCUGAAUCUGUAAAUCCUAUUUCACUACGAAUGCUAUACAUGUGUGUUUGUCAUGGAUAACUUGGAUUAAAAAUCUUUGCUCAGUUUGAUGUGAAUCUUUUUGGAUUGAAAGUUUAUCUUUCAUUAGAGCUUUUGAACUUGCUUAAUGGCAAUGACUUUUGAGUUGGGCAUUUUCCAAAAAAAAAAAAAUUCUUUUUGCCCCCAAAUUCCCAAUAUUACAAUGGUUUUGGUCCUUUGUCAGAUGACACUUUUUGUUUUGAUUUUGUUUUUAAUAUAUGUAAAAAAAUUAGAUACUGUUUUCGUUUCUAUGUUCUAACCAGAAUCAACUUAAUUUAAUCGAAUUGUCAUUAAUAUGUACACAAAUUUUUGUUUCUUAUGCUUGGACCCUUAUUUCUGUCUCUUAAUUUUAAUGGUUGCCAGUUCUUUUGGUGUUUUGUUAACAGGCUGCUCUUCAAGUAUGUAUUGUAGUAGUUUUUGUUAUACUUGUGCUUUUACAGAGAUUGUAAUAGCUUCCAGUCAUAGAGAGUCAUUUAGAGGAAGGAACUUUGGUAAUUUAAAGGUUUUCACGUAUGAGUACUUAGGAAAUAGGUUGAAAGCGAGGAGCAAACGAAUGGGUUUAAGUGGGUUUGUAAUGAAAAUUCCAAAGGAAGGGGCUCAUUUGGCUAAGGAGAAGGAGAAAGUUGUGAAGUCUUCAGAAGAGGUUUUAAGGGUUCUUAAGUCUACGUCGGACCCAAAUUCUGUAUUUUCAUAUUUUAUGGCUGUUGCUGGAUUACCUUAUGUUGUUCACACCACUGAAACGUGCAAUUACAUGCUUGAAGUUUUGGUGACUCAUAAGAGGGUUGAAGAUAUGGCUGCCGUUUUUAAUUUCAUGCAAAAGAAAAUUGUUUACCGAAAUUUGAACACUUAUCUAUCUAUCUUUAAGGGUCUUUACAUAAGAGGUGGAAUACGACAAGCUCCGAUUGCACUUGAAAAGAUGAGAAAGGCUGGGUUUGUUUUGAACGCAUAUUCAUACAAUGGGUUGAUCUAUUUGCUUGUCCAGUCAGAAUUUUGUAGGGAGGCUUUGGAGGUUUACAACAGAAUGGUCAUGGAAGGGAUGAAGCCAUCAUUGAAAACUUAUGCUGCACUUAUGGGAGCAUUUGGAAAGCGCCGAGAUACUCAAACUGUAAUGGGUUUGUUAGGAGAGAUAGAACAUUUGGGUUUGAGGCCAGAUAUUUAUAUAUUUAACAUAUGCAUAACAGUUCUUGGAAGGACUGGGAGAAUUGAUGAGUCUUAUGAUCUAUUGAAGAAAAUGGAAGAAGAGGGAUGCAAGCCAGAUGUUGUUACUUAUACUGUUUUUAUUGAUGCUCUAUGUAAAGCAGGUAAACUUGAUAAUGCAAAGGCUUUGUUUGUAAAGAUGAAAGCUAGCAACAGUCUCAAACCUAAUCGGGUAACUUACAUUAAAUUUUUGGACAGAUUAAGUGAUUGUGGAGAUUUGGGGACUUUAAAAGAAAUUUGGGAUGAAAUGAAGGCUGAUGGUUAUGCUCCUGAUGUAGUUACUUUCAACAUUCUUAUUAGUGCUUUAUGCAAAGUAGGCAAUGUCGACAAAGCAUUUGAUACUCUGGGUGUCAUGAAUGUGAAUGGAGUCUCACCAAAUCUUUAUACUUACAACAUCUUGAUUGGGGGACUAUUAAGAGCAAGUAGACUGGAUGAGGCUCUUAAACUUUUCAGUUAUAUGGAAUCCUUGGGUGUCAAGCCUAACACAAUCACAUAUAAUCUACUCAUUUCCGGUUUAGUGAAAUCUAAUAGCGUGGAUAAGGCUAUCGAUUUCUACUAUGAUCAUGUACCUUAUAAUUUCGCCCCUUCACUUUAUAUAUAUGGCCUACUCAUUGAUGGACUUUUCAAGUUGGGAAGACAUGAUGAAGUAAUGCUUUUCUUCGAGGAGAUGGCAAUUAACGGAUGCAAGCCUAACUGUGAAAUUUUCAGUAUUCUUAUAAAUGGGUUCAGGAAAACAGGAGGUGUGGAAACUGCUUGUAAGUUAUUUAAAAGAAUGGUUGAAGAAGGAAUAAGACCGGACUUGAAGUCUUACAGUAUUCUUUUGAACUCUCUUUGCUUUCUAGAUAAAAUUGAUGAUGCUCUGUAUCACUUUGAGGAACUAAAGCAGAAUAGGAUUAGUCCUGAUUCACAUUGUUAUAACCUUUUGAUUAAUGCACUUGGAAGAUCACAAAGGGUAGAAGAAGCUUUAUCUUUAUACACCGAAAUGCAAAGCAGAGGACUUUUUCCUGAUCUUUACACGUACAACAAACUAAUACUCAAUCUUGGGAUAGCGGGAAUGGUACAACAAGCAGUGAGUAUGUAUGAAGAACUGAAGCUUAAGGAUCUUGAACCUGAUAUUUCCACCUACAAUGCUCUCAUUCAAACUUAUAGCAGGUCAGGGAAUCCAGACCUUGCUUUUGCAGUUUACAAGAAAAUGAUGGUUGUUGGCUGUGACCCAAAUGAAGAAACGUUUGCACAACUUCCUAGUCAAACUUGAGUACUUCACUUCAUUGAAAUACUUUUGGAUCGGCAGACCUUUCUCGGAACUGUCUUUGAGAUUUUUGCCCAUAAUUUCAGGCUAAUGGUUAAAGGGAUGACCAAAUGAUUAUUUGUUCAUAUGCAGAUUGGGUUUCUGACAGGUUUGAUGGGUAAGAGUUGCCAAAAAAUGCAUGUGAUUUACCAUGUAGAUCAACUAGUUGUCUGCGAUAAUAUUAGAAAUACUUGUAGAUCAAUGAUAUGGGUAGGAAACUUUUGUAGACAAUAUGAUUUAAAUAUCUUAAUAUCCAUCAUAAACAAAUUUUGAGUUCCAAAA